CUGGGCAGAGCAGACCAGGCCUCUCAGCGCCUGUUUUGGGGCUGCAGGAAGCAGAGAGCGCGGAGAAAGUUGAGUGGGGGAGUUUCAGGACUUGGCUGGCUGAGGAGGAACCAGCUCAUUCUUUCAGGCUGAGUCACGGCGCACAAACGAGCUGAGCAGAGCAGAUCCGCACUGCGACGCAUUAAACCCCCCCCCAGCAGCAGCAGCAGCAGCCCCCCCAUCUGUCUCUCAGACGCCCAGACCGCGAGGGGAGGAACUCAGGGCUUCCUUACUGCACCGCUAUCUGACUGCAGCGCGAGCUCCCUGCUGUGUUGUGAGCGUCGGGGGACAUAAACAACUUCGCCACCAUGGCAGAGAAGACCCCCGAGCCCGACAGGACCACCCCAGAGGGCUCAGAGGAGACUAAAGCGCCGGAGGAAGCUCCGGGCAGAGAGGAGACGGCGGUGAGGAGCAGGACAAUCGACCCUAUGGCGAUCCUGUGGACUUUUGGGAAGUGCCUGACGGCGCUGCUGCCCGUCUACUUGGCUGGAUACUACAGAGUGAGCACCAGCCUGGUGGUCUUCGGCCUCAUGGUCUACUCGGGGUGGAAACACACCCGAGAAGCCAAGGAAGCUCGCCUGAAGGCCGCCAUGCAGUCUCUGGGUGAGGAUCAGGAGAGCUGCUCUGCAAGCGUGGCUCAGAGAGAUCUUCCUGCUUGGGUCAAUUUCCCGGACGUGGAGAAGGUCGAAUGGCUGAAUAAGGUUAUCCAACAGGCUUGGCCGUAUAUUGGUCAAUAUUUGGAGAAGCUGCUAACGGAAAGCAUCGCUCCGUCCCUCAGGGCAUCCAGCUCCCACCUGCAGACCCUCAGCUUCACCAAGGUUGACUUCGGGGACAAGCCUAUGAAGGUAGUUGGUGUAAAGGCUCAUACUGAGAAUGAAAAAGGGCAAAUUCUCCUGGACGUUUACAUCAGCUAUGUGGGAAAUGUGGAGAUAAACGUAGAGGUGAAGAGGUAUUUCUGUAAAGCUGGAGUGAAAGGAAUACAGCUGCAUGGGAUGAUGAGAGUGAUCCUGGAGCCUCUGAUUGGUAACGUUCCCAUUGUGGGAGCCGUCACCAUGUUCUUCAUUCGCAGGCCUAAACUGGAGAUUAACUGGACCGGCCUAACCAACCUACUCGACAUCCCAGGGCUCGAUGUGAUGUCAGACACUAAGAUAAUGGAUGCCAUCGCCUCCUUCCUGGUGCUGCCCAAUCGCCUCACUGUCCCGCUGGUUCCAGAUCUGCAAGUGGCCCAGCUGCGCUGCCCACUGCCCAGGGGCGUGGUGCGUAUUCACCUGCUGGAAGCUGAAAAUCUGGCUGCUAAGGAUAACUAUGUGAAGGGUGUGAUGGCAGGAAUGUCGGACCCCUACGCUUUGAUCAGGGUGGGGCCGCAAUCUUUCAAAUCCCGCCACCAUGACAACACGUCCAGCCCGAAAUGGGCCGAGAUGUACGAGGUCAUCGUUCAUGAGGUGCCUGGUCAGGAGUUGGAGGUGGAAGUUUAUGACAAAGAUCCAGACAAGGAUGACUUCCUGGGCAGGACUAAGAUGGAUUUGGGUAUAGUGAGGAAGGCCAGAGUUAUUGAUGAGUGGUUCACCCUGAAGGACGCAGACACAGGACGAGUUCACCUUAAACUGGAAUGGCUAACAUUAGAGGACAACACAGAGAGACUGAAUCAGGUUCUGAAAAGAAAUGAAAGUGUGUUGAGUAAAACAACAGAUCCCCCCUCUGCAGCCAUCCUGGCGGUGUAUUUGGACAAGGCGGAGGCGCUUCCUAUGAAGAAAGGCAAGAAGGAUCCCAGUCCGAUGGUGCAGCUUUCUGUGCGCGACGUAACCCGAGAAAGCCGAACAUGCUGGGACACAGUUAAUCCCCAGUGGGAAGAUGCCUUCACAUUCUUCAUCCAAGAUCCACAAAAACAGGACAUUGACAUCCAGGUGAAGGAUAAUGACCGUGUGCAGAGCCUGGGCAGCCUGUCCAUCCCUCUGUCUCGUGUGCUCUCAUGUCCUCAGCUCAGCCUGAAUGAGUGGUAUAAUCUGGAUCAGUCCGGCCCGGGCAGUCGUAUCCACAUCAACACUGUACUCAGGGUGCUUUGGAUGGAUGAACAUGCUGUAACCUCCUCCCUCCUCUCCAGUGGUCCAGGCUCGGCAGCCAAGCGUGGGGCUUCACUACCCAAACACACCAGCCCAGAUCCCAGCUUCGCCACUGAGGGGGUGUUACGCAUCCACCUGCUGGAGGGUCAAGAUUUGGUUCCUAAGGACAACCUGAUGGGGGGCAUAGUGAAGGGGAAGAGUGACCCCUACGUCACCAUUAACGUUGGAGGAAGCACCUUUAAAAGUCAUGUGAUCAAGGAGAACCUAAACCCCACCUGGAACGAGAUGUAUGAGGUGGUAAUGACUGAUCUUCCUGGUCAAGACGUAUCGUUGGAGGUGCUGGACAAAGACAUGGACAUGAAAGAUGACUUCAUGGGCCGAUUGAAGAUUAAGCUGAGUGAUAUUAUCAAAGCCCAGCACAUUGAUGAGUGGUUCACUCUGAAUGAUGUGAAACGUGGUCGUAUUCAUCUGACUUUGGAGUGGCUGCCCAGAGUAACACAGGCGGAUAAACUGCAGCAGGUGUUGCAUUACCAGGCUAAGAGCUCGUACCUGAACAAGGCGGUGCCCGCUGCAGCUCUGCUCUUUGUGUAUUUGGAGGCUGCUCAUGAUCUCCCUUUCAAGAAGAGUGGGAAGGAGCCUAAAGUUGGUGCUGAACUUGUUGUAGGAGGGACUAGCUACAAAACGACGGUUUGUGAUCGUACCAACUCGCCACAGUGGAAUGAGGCCUUCCACUUUCUGGUGCUUGACCCCAUGAAGCAGCAGCUUAUAGUGAAGCUGUCCCACUGCUGGGAUUUCCCUCUGGGCUCUGUGGUGAUUCCAGUGAAAGUGCUGCUCUCUCAGUCAGAUCUCCUGCUGGACCAGUGGCUCAAUCUGGAUGGAGCUUCUCCUGAGAGUCAGGUUCUGCUGAGAGCUCAGCUUAAGAUUCUGUGCCCUAAAGUGACGGAGAGUUUCAGAGAGCACUCAGAGACGCCUGCUUUACCUAAGACCUCCAUCAGAGAGAGCAAACCGGAGACGGAGUCCGUUCAGAAGUCCAGUGAACCGCUGGUUCCGGUGACUAUCACCUCCUCUGUAACCGCUCUUGAGAAGAAGGAGAGCAGGAAAGUACCAGAAGCUCCAGAAGCUCCAAAAGCACCAGAAGCUCAAAAGGCUCCAGAAGCUCCAAAAGCUCCAGAAGCUCGAGAGGUCAUCAGUCAAGCUGACGUUCGACCCCAGCACACCAGUCCAGAUCCCAGCUUCAGCAGUGAGGGGGUGCUGCGGAUCCACCUCCUGGAAGCUGAGAAUUUAAUUGCCAAAGACAACCUGAUGGGGGGCAUGGUGAAGGGGAAGAGUGACCCCUAUGUGAAGAUCAGUGUGGAGGGAACCACCUUUAAGAGUCAUGUGAUCAAAGAGAACCUGAAUCCCACCUGGAACGAGAUGUAUGAGCUGGUUCUGGCCUCUAAACCAUCUUCAGAGGUUAAUGUAGAGCUCUUUGAUAAGGACAUUGAUAAAGACGACUUUUUGGGGAGGUUUCGUGUCAGCUUGAGUGAAAUCGUUCAGACUCAGUACAUCGACCAGUGGUUCACUCUGAAUGACGUGAAACAUGGUCGUCUUCAUCUGGUUCUGGAGUGGGUGCCCACAGUGACCCAGCCUGACAAGCUGCAACAUGCUUUGCAGUUACGGUCCAUUCAGUCCUACCAGAAUAAAGCUUCUCCCUCUGCAGCUCUGCUGUUCGUCCUGGUUGAGAGAGCUCAUGCGCUACCAAUGGUGAAAGGUGGGAAGGAGCCUAAAGCUGGAGCAGAGCUUGUUCUUGGUGGAACUUCUUACAAAACCAAGGUGUGUGAUCGCUCUACCUCUCCUGAGUGGGGGGAGGCUUUCCACUUUCUGCUCCAUGAUCCCAAUGAGGACACUCUUAUCAUCAAGCUCUCAAGUGGGUGGGACCAGCCACUGGGUUCUCUGGUUCUACCAACCAGAGAGCUUCUCUCAAAGCCAGAGCUGCUGCUGGACCAGUGGCAAAGUCUGGACGGAGCUUCACCUGAGAGUCAGAUCCUGCUGAGGGCGCAACUCAAGAUUCUGGCCUCGAAGAUGGACAAGAGAGUUGAAAAGCCUACUGAAAAGCCCAUUGAGAAGCCCAUUGAGAAGCCUAUCGAGAAGCCCAUUGAGAAGCCUGUUGAAAAGCCUGUUGAGAAGCCUAUUGAGAAGCCCAUUGAGAAGCCUAUCGAGAAGCCCAUUGAGAAGCCUGUUGAAAAGCCUGUUGAAAAGCCUGUUGAGAAGCCUAUUGAGAAGCCUAUUGAGAAGCCUAUUGAGAAGCCUAUUGAGAAGCCUGUACAGAAGCCUGCUGAGAAGCCUGCUGGUGCAGACACAUCCAUGGGUGGGAAGAGUGAGACGAGACCAGCACCCAGUCAAGAGAUAAAACAGGAGACCAAGCCAACUCCGAGGCUAAACGAGCUGGUGGCCUUCACUGUACCUGUCGCUGUUAAACUCCCUGAGGAGCCGCACCGGGUUCCAGCAGCAGAUGUCAGUCAUGAUCCCAGCCUCGGCACAAAGGAUUCGAGCAAAGCACCCCAUUCUGCUCCAGUGGGCGGGGCUAGUAAGGAACCUAUCACAACAACUGAAUCAGCGUCUAAAGGCAACAACGAGCAAAAGCAGCUGGACAAACCGGCUGAGCAUUCUCAUGAAGAGCUCCAUCCUCCUGCUCCUGUCAAACCACCUGCUGCUGAGGAGAAGAGAGAGACCACCAGCUCCGCACACUCACUGCCCCAGCACUCGAGUCCUGACGCCAGUUUUGGCAGCCAGGGGGUGCUGCGUAUCCACCUGCUGGAGGCUCAGAAUUUGGUAGCCAUGGACAGCCUGAUGGGGGGCAUGGUGAAGGGGAAGAGUGACCCCUAUGUGAAGAUCAGUGUUGGGGGCACCACCUUCAAGAGUCACGUGAUCAAGGAGAACCUGAACCCCACCUGGAAUGAGAUGUAUGAGAUGAUUCUGAGUCCCGACCCGAAUCUGGAGGUGAAGUUUGAGCUCUAUGACAAAGAUAUCGACUCUGAUGACUUCCUUGGAAGACUCAAGACUAAACUUGGUGACGUCAUUAGAUCCCAGUACACUGAUGAGUGGUUCACUCUGAGUGAUGUGAAACAUGGUCGUCUGCAUCUGGUUCUGGAGUGGGUGCCCACAGUGACCCAGCCUGACAAGCUGCAGCAGGUGCUGCAGAUGCAGAACGCUCAGUCCUACCAGAAUAAAACGUCUCCUUCGGCUGCUCUGCUGUUCAUCCUCAUUGAGAGAGCUCAUGCGCUACCAUUGAAGAAAAGCGGGAAGGAGCCUAAAGCUGGAGCUGAACUUGUUCUUGGGGCGACAUCCUACAAAACAAAGGUCUGUGAUCGCUCCACCUCUCCUCAGUGGCAUGAAGCUUUCAGCUUCCUCGUUCAUGAUCCAAGCAAAGACAUGCUGGUUAUCAAGCUCUCCAGUGGGUGGGAUCAGCCUGUGGGUUCUCUGGUUCUGCCAAUGAGAGAGCUGCUCUCUCAGCCAGAGCUGCUGCUGGACCGGUGGCUGAGUUUGGAUGGAGCUUUACCUGAGAGUAGGAUCCUGCUGAGAGCACAGCUGAAGGUCUUGAACUCGAAGAUGGCUUCCCUCAUGGCGCUCGGUGCUGGUCCUGUGUUGAGCAAUAAACAGGCAGCUACAACUGGGCAGAUCAGAAUCUCACUGUCCCACCAGAGGAAACUCGCUGUUGUCGUUCACGGUUGCAGAAGCCUGGUGUCAUCAUCCAAAGAAGGUUUAGACACCUACGUCUCGCUGAUUCUCCUGCCGGAUAAAAACAAGGCCACGAAGAGAAAGACGGCUGUGAAGAAGAAGGACCUGGAGCCGGAGUUUAACGAGAGGUUCGAGUUUGAUCUGAGCGCGGACGAUGCUCGGCAGCGGGUGCUGAGUGUGUGUCUGAAGCACAGUUCGUCCUUCAUGAGUCGAGACAAAGACGUCCUUGGUCAGGUGCAGAUAGAUCUGGCGCAGAUUGACCUCCUCUCAGGUGUCACACAGUGGUUUGACUUGAAGGAAGAGAACAACUAGCUGAAUGCGCUUCACUCUGACCUUCCUUCGAGGUCAACGAUGCAACUUAUCACACCGAUGCCUUCCUGUGCUCUCCUUUCUCUGCCUGCUCAUACUGGAUUAGUGAACUGAUGGACUGACCGAUGGUGUAAUGUGGCUUACAGGCACAGUAUUGAAGUUUAUUAGUGAAAUAUGAGUAUGCUUACAAGAAGAGUGUCUCAUCUCAAUUUUAAAAUUGCCAAUUUCUAUGUAAGCAGUGGGUCAUAGAUGCUUAGCAAAGUCCCGACAUUGUUACAUUAAUGAUGCUUAAUGUUCUGAAAUGUUAGUGGUGUCAGAACUGCUGAGAAUUCCAGAAAGAGAGCUCUUAUUAUUUUGGUGCGGGAUCAUUUACAGUGAGCUCCAAAAGUUUCGUCAUAUCUAUGUGCUUUAACACUUUGGUAUUGGAAGUGCAUAGUGAUUAUAAGGGUUAGGGUUAGGAACUCUAGAACACAGAUUUCGGCACCACACAUCAGGAUCAUCUUCGUUUGUUCGCCAGAUCUUUGGAGCUCACUGUAUGAAGAAUAUUAAGCAAUAUAAGCAGAAAAAAAUGCUGAUUGGACCACAAACGGUGAGGACCACAGCUUGGAUUGCUGGGUUAAAAUCUUUUAUGAUGUAUGCUGGGGUAGCUAAUGGCCUUGAGCACUUAAGAUAAAUGACUAAGGAAUCCCAGUUUGUGACGAAUGCCUGAGAGCAACAAAAUAUGCUGGACGAGGAAAAUGUAGAUUAAGAUGUUUUAGAAUUCAACUUUCAUUAUGCUGGUAAAUAGUUCACUGGCCUUUUCUAGCCUUAAGAAUGACCAACGCUUGUGUCAUUGUGUUAUUGUGUUGUACUGCAUAGUUGCCUUUACUGCUGAAAGCAUAUAGAGUGUGACGUGCUAAAGAUCCUCAUAUCCAAGGCACUUCGUUUUAUUUCAUUGCCUUAUAUUUUCAGGAGGUUUGAUUUGGACGCCUAAGCUAUGUAGGGAUGCACCGAUUCCAAUUUCUUGCCAGACGGAUAAUCCAAAGCUCACACUGUGGGUGAAAUGAACACAUUUCGGACUUUCUGUUUGCCAAACGUCACAAUAUGAAUAACAGUAUUUGCUCUUAAAUUAGCCAAACUGGCAUUUUAAACUCAAGUCCUUUGUCUAUUGAAAUAAUAUGAGUGGAAUAAAGUGCUAUAGUGAAGGUAAGAGGCGACAUGCGUGGGCAGGGUUAUAAUAGUUCACUAAAACUGUCAUUAAAAACAAGAAUUUGCAGUGAAAAAAUGUGCUGGUUAAAUGUAAUGAAGAUAAAAAUGACAAGAAAAUCCGAACUACAACAUCCACGGAAAAUCAGACUAUAAUUGUGGUCAGUUUAGUAGAUAUGUAGUUGAAUGUAACUUGAAAGUGGACUGUCCAAAUAUCUGCCGAUUCUGCCUGUGCAUCCCUAAAGCUGGGGUAAGAAAAGGAAUUCCACUGGAGAACUGCCGUUAUAAACACUCGGAAAACUGACCUUAACUGUACCGCUCACUGUAGACGUUAGACUGAGUUGUUAAGCCGUGCUGUAGUUAUAGAGGAGUGACUGUAGAGCUGCAGUAGUGAAGGAAACUGGACUCCAGAGUUUCUUCUGAAAUGAGGGUGUUAAUAGUGAGUCUGUGCUGCAGUAACAGCCUAAACAUGCCUUGGAACAUUGCUGUGAGGAUUUGAUUGAGCAUUGGUGAGGUCAGGUACUGAUGUGAGAUGGUCAGUUCUGUAUCAAGCUGACACUCAGCACUUUAGUAAAGAAGAUGGUUCUAUAUAGAACUGUAAACACUCUGAGAACAUUUUGCAUGAAUAAUGUUCUUUGCAACAGGAAUCGGUUCUUCAGAUUAAUGAAAAACUUGCAUGAAUGUACUAUAGAUGAUGGUAUAUAGCACCCAAAAGUGUUCUUCUAUUGUUACAAGCUUGACACUGUAACAAUAGCAGAACCCUUUUGGGUGCUAUAUAGAAUCAUUUUCAAAAAGGUCCAUAUAGAACCAUCUACAGCACGUUCUUUGUCAGCCUGAAUAACCAUUUUAUGAUAACGAUUAAGGUUGUUAUGAGUGUUUAUGGUUCUAUGUAGUACCAUUUUCUUUACUAAAGAACCCUUGAAGCACUUUUCAGCAUCUUUUUUUAAGAGUGUAAUGGAAUGGGAUGCUCUGCCCAGUGCUGAGAGUCAGCUGGAUCCAGAACUGACCAUCUAACAUCAGCACCUGACCUCACUAAUGCUCAGUCAAAUCCUCACAGCAAUGUUCCAACAUCUAGAAGCCUUUCCCGAAGAGCAGAGGCUGUUACUGCAGCACAAACUCACUAUUAACACCCUUUUGCAUGGAGACGUGAACUUCUGUACCUUCAGCACCUUAAAGUAGUUGAAUUCAGGCCUUAGAAGGACCAUCUGGAUGGUUCUGGACAUAAAGUGUAGGUGUAAAGGUCAGGAGGACCAGGGAACAUUGCACUUCCAGCACUGGGUCCAAAAGCAUCGUAGUUCUAAGAUCUUCUGAAGGCCUGGGGACACCAAACGGACAUGAUUUACCGGUGAUGAGUCUGUUUGCCGUGUUCAGAAUAUGCCUCUGAAUCAAUGGUGACUAGAAAUAGUUAAGGUCAUCGUUCUGUUUGUCCGUUGUUUAUUCUUGCACUCAAACUCGGAAGGCCUUAUAUUUCCUUCUGUGUUACCACGUUUUAUUUUUUACGCAGUAGUUUGCUUUUUAUUACUCAUGUUUAUGUGGCUUCAUAAGGUUCGUUCCAUUUGUUACAUUUAACCCUCUACUGCAUGCGUUAUGACAGCAAUUAAAAAAAUAUUUCAUUCACUUUUCUUGCAAAAAAUGGACCUGAUUAUUACAUAUCAAACAUAAAAAGUGGGUGGAGGGUCAUUUUGGGGUAUGUUGCCUUGAGGCAACAUUGUGUGACAAUGGGAAGAAAUUAUAUGGAGGCCUGGCUUGUGACUGGUGUUGCUUCUAGGCAACAAACAUAUGUAUAAAAAUUCUCAUAACAAAAAUAACUGAUAGUGAAUGUUAAAGAGCUUUAGCAGUGACCACUAAGAGAGUAUGAUCAGGAACAUGCUUUUUAUUGACAUACGUAAACGGUUCCCUUUAUUGUUAACCCCGUCAUUGUCUUUAAAUAUGGAUGUUAUUGUAAAGUGAGGAAAAUGGCUUUGUUGCCCAGAGGCAACAUAUGCAAUAGAGGGUUAAUGUGUUAUGACAGCAAUACAAAAACAAAAAUCAGUUCACUUUUCUUGUAUAAAAUGGACUUGAUUAUUGCAUAUCAAAACAUUUAAAAAAUAUUGUUCAGGGGUCAUUUUGGGGUAUGUUGCCUUAAGGCAACAUUGUGGUCCCUGAAGUGGUGAGACCUGUUGUUUCUAGGCAACAAUAUUUCUGCAAGUUCUCAUAACAAAAAAUUGACAGUGAAUGUUAAAGAGCUUUAACCCCGUCAUUUUCUUUAAAUAUGGAUGUUAUUGUAAAGUGAGGAAAAUGGGUUUGUUGCCCUGAGGCAACAUUAAAUAAUAGAGGGCCAAUUAUUCCUGUUGUAUUUGUUGUCUGUGACCCAAAUUUGCAUGUUUCCAUUGUGUAUUCCGAAGCUGUAUGGCUCUGAACAGCCAUAAAUGUUUAUGCCUUUUGUUUUAUUGUCAUUUUUUUAUACGCUACUGCUUGUAAGCAAUAGAAGAUGUGCUUUUCACCAGAAGUAUAACCCCCUUCGUUUUUAUAUGAUUGUUUUUAAACGUUGUGUCUCUAAACCCUGCUUGAAUAUGAUUUCUGCAGAGAUGUACAAAAAGCCAAGCACCAAAGAAACAAUCGACCACAGUGUGAAGCUCCUCGCAGCACUUUCACAAUUUCCCACAAUCCUCUUCACUGUGUUCCGGCUUGACUAUCGCCAUAUUUACGCCAGUAAAACAUAUCAAACAAACCUU